GUCGAAGCCAAAAAUAGUGUCGGGAGAGAAAAAACAUGUCGUCGGGAGAAAGCCUAUCACAUUCUACUGCGAGUGAUCACGAUAAAAAAAUUGACAGACAGCUUUGUGAGGGAAGUGAGAAUGUCGUGGUAUUAAGGAGAGAAGAACAGUUUUCGAUGAGAGGAGGACUGAGGGUUGAAAAAACGCGAAGGCUGAAAAAAGAACGAGUAUGGUGUUCAAGUGAGGUCAUGUUGAGAGCACUACAAAAGUGUAAGUCGUUCACCUCGAGAUCGACACUCGUUUGCUUGCUUAUGAUUUUUACAAGAAGCUAGCUUCUAGUAGAGCAAUUUUACAUACCACAAACUGUCCUCGUCGUUGUCGUUUUAGAAGUACUGCAGAAACUACCGCUAAGCACAAGUUAUAAUGUCGAAAGUUCGAAUCAUUUGUUUCGUUACAUUACAGGCUGCUUGAACUCAAAAAACACUCCCCCCUUCUCUGUGUCUGUGCCCUCCUCGUCCGAUGAAUAUUUCGUGGUGCUUCAAAGGUAGAUUCUGAAUCAGAUGAUAGGAUAGAUUCUUUUGACUUCUCUGCAGUAUUGACAGUCACUCGCAUCGUUACUGACAUCCACCCACAAAGCCCGCAUAUUUUAGACAGACAACUAUUAGAGUCAAGUUCUCACAGAGAGAAGUAGUUGAAGUUGUAUCAUCUGCUAUCCUGUGAAGAUAGUAGAAUGAGUCGAAUGACAGCACCAGUUGGCUCCUUGUGGCGGAGGUAGAGGCUGGUUCUUUCCUCUCGGAGGUAGGAUGGCGGAGGUAGAGGGCGUGCGGGCAGGAAGCUCCCCCGCGGCCUCCUCGGGAGCCUCCUCAAUAUGGAGAAAUCUAGAAAUCUCGGAGCAUGAAUCUAGAGGACAGCCGUUCGAAAAUGCGCCAAGUGCGCCUCCUCCAGGGCAGGAACAGCAUCUUCAUCUACGCGAGGUGAAUGUACUUGUUGAAGCCACUUCUAGUUCUAGUUUUAAUAGUACAGGAACAUCUUCAACAAGAGACGUUGAAGCAGGACACAAACUAGUCCUCGUACAACCAAGUAGAUGUUCUUCUUCUACCUCGCCUCCGGGAAGUGUCGAUGAAGAGCAACAACUAGAAGAAGAUCUCGCAUGUUCGAGACAAUCAUUACCUCAGCGAGGAUGUCUAGCAAGGAUGCCUAGGAGCCGAAAGAGAAAAGCAGCACGAGGGACCGCAGACCAUAGGAAAGCAGCGCUAUCUGCCAGAAAAAGAGCACCAGUUGAUGAAGCUUGUUGUAAUAUGUCGUCGAGGAAGAAUCAACCUUGUAAGAUUCUUCACAGAAGAACAGGCAAGUCGCGCAGGGCUCCUAAUAGGAUAAGACGGCUAGACGUUUGUACUAGGAGUACAAGUAGUACAUUUAGCAGUAGUACAACAACGUCUGACGUAACUUCUUCAUCUGCGAUAGAUGCGGUGCAACACGCUGGUGACGAUGUAGUAGUUGCGGACGGCUAUGAAGACACAGGGAUAAGUGGGAUACGUGAGGAGUACAGCCUGCUCGGCCGUCGUCGGGGUACGAGGAGACGAAGGAAAAGCAGGUCAAAUGAAGCAUCAUUUUCAUCUCCUGACCCUGCGGCUGCAAUACCCGCUGAAGGAGUAACUCUAGAAGCUGACGAGGAUGCUGCUACUUUACACAGCGACUCUACUAGAUGUACAAACUACGAUGAUGCUGGCACUUGUAGAAGUGACACAGCGUCUGCGUCAAGUGAUUUUGCCUGUCGAGACGGAUCUCAUGCUUCACGGACGUGCCGGCACAGACCUAGUGCGGAGGGAGGUGGCAUCAGCUCUAGUUUCACGAGCAAGAAACUACAGGCAAGAAGGCAACAGAGAUGUGGCCGUUCGUUCCUCACAGCGGUCGGAGUAUUCGCGAGUGGCGCAAAUGUUGUUUUAGCGAACAAUAGUGCUCCCACAUCAACUUCCUCUGGAACAUCUUCGAGUGGACAAGAAAAUAGACAAGAGCAGAAACAGGCACAGACUAGUACUCGUAGUCAAGCUUCUUCUUCGUCCUCAAGUAGCAGUAGUACACCUACUAGAACAAGUGCAGAAGCUCCUGUUCCUCAGAGAGAAGAUGGUGGCACUAAACGAAAUUUGCGGUAUCGUCCAGGGGAAGAAGAACUAAGGAGAGAAGCGAAAAACCCUCCAGAGCAAUCAGCGCAGCCAUCUUUCGCAUCCCGAUUAGCCGCUCAAUUUGACGCGAUACGGCGCUCAUUAUUCAGCGAUGAUAGGAGUAGCAGUAAGGACAGUAAAGACGGAUCUUCUGCUGGUUCUGGAGGUGGAGUGACGAGCAGUAGUGCUUCCAGCAGUAGUCGUGCUAAGUUCUCUGGUACAACACCUUUAGAUCCUCGUGCGCCUGCGCCGAAAGGGUACAGCAAAAGAAUAGAUUGGAAACGCAGGCGACUAGAAGUUGUACCAAACGGCGGGGUUUACUGGACAGGCAACGCGAAUAUAGCGCGCGACUCAAUGUCGCUGUACACCUUGCCUUCAUCCUCGGAUAAGAGCGCGCUCGAUACAACCGCUGCCGUCACCGCAGGUGAUUUUACAUCGUCCUAUCACAUCAUGGAGUCGGCAGAGGAAUACUCAGCGUUGCAUCUUUAUGCUUUUUGGUUCUGUAGCACAUCACUGCAGCACAUCACUUCUAUCGUGCAGUUCCGUAAGAUACAUGUCUUAAAAAUUCUGUAAGAUAGAUCAUGUCCUCUAGAAUUAUAUCAGUUAAUCUGAAUCGUUGAACUGACAACUUCUGCAGUCGAGUGCUGACCAGAGGCUUGAUUAUUCCUCCUGUUUUCCCUUCCCCUUCUUUCUUCAUUGUUGGCGGUUUAGUGAGCCAAGUGCGCACACGUGGCUGUCCGGAUUGCGCGCCACUCUCAAAGUUCGCUUCGUCAAUAACGAUGUAACGAAGACAACCGCCUCUCUCAAUCAAAAAUGCCAAGACGGACAGGAUUCAGUGCCUGGUUGCUCUGUUCUCUCGCAAGCAUGGUGUCAGAGUGUUAAGAUUUGCAUUUCUUUGUAGUUGUUGUACUUGUAGUGACUUACACGAUUUGUAUGUAACUGUAAUAUAACUCGUAGUAAGUUUGUAUUUAACUAAUAAGUAGUUAGUUUGUAUUUAACUAAUAGCCAUAAUACUCUUACAUCUGGGGAACCACUGUUAAUUAUUCCUUGUAUUUGUAGGUACACGCUGUAUGAGCAUGUUUUCUUAUCCCCGAUGGGAGAGAAUGAGCAUCAGAGAUGUAUGAUGAUGAGGAAUCCAUCUCUCUAAUCUCAGAGGCAAAGGCAACCCUACUUUUUCGGCUGGUGGAGCAGAUAACUUGCAAAACGGUUGGUUACAGUUCGGCCCUCCAGGUGAAGCGACGAGCACAGCGUUGACAUGGAUGAUGGGAGGCUAUUUCCGAAUCUGUGUUUAUGGGCAUGAUCCACUGCAUCAAAUUCUUGCUCCAAAGGAGUAUUGGAAAACUUGACCGAGUAGACGUAACUAUUUUAGCUGCAAGUAUGGUAUGUAAUAAAGAUGAAUUCACUUCGGUUUCAAUAACCUUCCAAAAUAACGAUCAUUAUAGAUACAUACUUCUUGAACCUGUGACGAUAUCGAUAGUGCGCUGCUCUAAGGCCUCUCCGGUGAUGGCAGUUAUAUGACGGGGAAUGUUGAUGUUUGGCCUGUUGAGACAGAGGUCUUUGGCGUCUACGACCACAACUACGCUGCAUCAGACGUGGACUAUUUUCGGGUAAAGAAGAAUUAUGGUUCCCACGGUUUUGGAUUCACUGUUUUGGAUUCAGAUAUAGAACUCGUCAGGGAAAUCGUAGGCAUCUUGCCGAAUAGAUUCAAGCCAUCAUAGCUAGCUUCCGACUCCUUUAGUUUUAGCUUCACGGUCGCGGUUGCUGCGCUCUUCGCCAAUUCCCGCUCUAAUCCUGAUACCACUGCUACAUUCUGCGGAAUAGCUACAACAAUCCAGCGAACAUGUACGUUUCCGAGAGUUCGCAUUGUGCGAUCGCUUUUGAUGAUAACGUGAUUGAUCCUACUCUGCGGGCUGCCGGAACCGGUUUCCAGGCGACUCAAGGUUGGGUUGGCACCGGAGAGAAUCAGUUCAAAGGUAGUUGGGGGCCUGCGUUCGACAGUGCCACUCCAGGAACGACGGACUUGUGCGGACAGCCCACUUAUGCGACGCAGGUGUGCAUGAACGGCCCAGACUGCAGCACGCCUGGUGAGAUUAAGGCUAAACCUGGUAGUACUGGCUUUUUUUUACUUUCCUAGGUUACUUACGCCUUUGCCUGGUUACUCUUUUUUCUAUCUUUCCUAGGUAGGUUGGCUCCACCGCCUGGUUACUCUUUUUUCUAUCUUUCCUAGGUAGGUUGGCUCCACCGCCUGGUUACUCUUUUUUCUAUCUUUCCUAGGUAGGUUCUUGGCUCCACCACAAAUAUUGUUUUCAUCCAUACUCUCAUUGAUUAAUAUUUUUUUGUUGCAGGAGUUGGCUUAGUGCUGGUUAUUGUUAUCCAUGUUAGUUGAGACGAGUAGUGGUUUAGGCGUUGACCUGUACCCUUAUCAUUAUCCACGCUGGUGGAGACGAGUUACCCUAGGAGAGCAGAGGCUUGAACUCAAGGGGAAAAGGGGGCCGCUCCAGGAUGCCCCCGCUCAAGAUGGACGAUAAGGGUCAGCUCUAAUGAGACGGACGCCGGAGCGCGUGUCCGUUUGGCCACGCCUCGCGUUCAGGGUUACGGCCGUUUUCACCUGCCCAGUGCGAAGAACACAUUAGCGGGUUCAGGGUCGGUGGCAGACGGCGACAAGUUCGUGCCCUUCUCGACCGCCGCCUGCUGGUGCUCGGCUUCCCUCGCCUGCAUCCCUUCUCGGUAUGCGCAAUAUGCGCAGAUGAUCGGUACAGUGCACUACUACACCAGCAAGGUAUGUCGUGCGGACGACAAAUCGUGCGCAACGGAUUACGUUGGGACAGUGUCGCAGAAGCAUUUUAAGAUUCGCAUUAGUUGUCCGAAAGGAGCUUGUGCGGAUGCAAUGAAUAACCGCUUCAAAAUCAUCGCCAGAGACCCGACUGCCAGUGCGACCUACGAUUAUCCAGCGUUCGACUCGAGAAAUAUAUGCAGUUAUGACGAAUCCAUUUUCCGAAUUUUUAUUUUCCGAAUCCAUUUUCUUUUUCCACUUGAAGAUUCACUGUGAUAAUUGACUUAGACUUUGUGAAAAACUUUUUUGUCGUCGAUUUGAGAAGAAAUAGGGUAUUAAUUACACAUGAGAAGGCGGUUUUAGUUAGGGCUCUACCAUAAGUAUACAUCACAGGAGUCUGGUAGCGUAAUUGUCACAAAAGCCAUCUUCACCCAUACCGCCUUCUCUCUCCUCUCCCCUUUUCCCAACUUCCACCUUCCUUCCACACACCUUCCUUCCACACUCCCUCUAAUUCCGAUCGCAGAUGCACGGCCGAAAUUUCAAAGGGCGUGAGAUUAUGGCUACGACGCCAUUGCCUACAGGGGUGGUGUUGCCACCGGGAUCAGGCGUUUGUUCAGGGGUGUUGGAAUGCAACAUGAAUGGUACGGUGAGGAUAGCCAACGACCCACAAGUGAAAGAAUACCCGCCAUACACGCAGGACGACCCACUGGUCACCAUACCCUACAAUACAGGGUUCAAAUUCAAUCAAGGUACUGUAUUGAUUCAUCUACUUUUGACUUUUGAAGAGAAGUUGAGUUGUAACAAACGAGAUUGAAGAGACUUCCUUUCUUGCUUUUUCUCUUGUAGUUUAUUUUCGUACAUACACGGCAUCAUUCGGGAGUUACUAACUUACAGAUUUAUAAGGGGAACCUAGUUUUUUCUUCAACAUCUUCUUCGAAGAUGUUCUCUUAUAUCUUAAAAAAAUUCACCACACAGCCGAGCACCACUACGAGCGUGUGAAUUUCCAUAGUUCUGUUGGCCUCGACAUCUGCUAUUGCGAUGGCGCCUGUACGGCUUCAGGCGGAGCCAACUGGUUCAAGGUUGGCCAGAUGCGCUUUACCGGUAUCCGCUUGCUAUCCAGCGUCACUCCUACAGCAACGCAACCAGCACAACAGAGUUUUUAUGGCUUGAUGAUUGAAUCUUGCUGUUCGUUGGGAAGCAUCUUCUUAGUCUUAGACUUAUUUUGUCCUUUCUUUAGACGGCUAUAAUAGCAUGCCAAACACAAAGAUUACAGAACAGACUUCCAACGAUUACAACAGACUUCCAACGAUUACAACAGACUUCCAAAGAUACAACUAUCUCUAAAGUUUGCAGUACGUGCUCGAGUCUGGACAGAUCGUGUUUCAGCGGGCAGUGGCAGACCAUGAAGUGAUGGGCCUGGCGGAGGGUGGUGUGAUCAAGGUCAUCCAGGACAACGAUUUGAACAAGAACGACGACAGCUGUCGCUCGUCGCACAACACCCACGAUGCAAAUCUGGUGGAACCAGUGGGGGGUUUGUCGUCUGCCAGUGCCUUCACAAACUACAAGGGAACAGCGAGUGGAACUGAUCGAUUGGUAUUCUUUACGAGCGACUUGCAUUAAGGGUAGGUUAAAGGUGCUUUUCUUACCGCUUUUUAUGCCUCUCCUAAGGGAGAAAGGCAUAACAAGCGAGGUAAGCGAGCACCAAAAACCUACCUCUAAUUGUAGACUUGAUUUGAUUGGCUUUGGACAUGAUAGAUACGCUCUUAUUUGCACAUUUAUUAGAUGCCAUGCUUUAUUGUCUUGCAUCUUCUGGGUGUCACUCUUUCAUUCCUCGAUGCAGCACGAUCCUAUUAACGCAGUUAGAUUUCUUACCAAUUCGUGACUAAACCAUUGACUCACCUAAUACCACCAGGCAUUCAAUGGUGGCAAUUCCGCCAGCAACAAGAUCACAGUGAAGAAAGCUGGGGUGGUUGCCAUUUGCUACUGCCAAUUCGCCGACGCUGGUGGGUGUCUGCUGCAGGACUACUGGAUGAUGGCUGCCAGGAUGACUAUCAAAGGACCAAGCAACAACCACAAUUGGGCCUUUUCGACACAGGUGGUGUUUCGGCUGGAAUACUUCGGUUACGGGCUGUCGAGCGAGAACAAACUGCGAAUUAUCAGUGGUACAUAAUGGGAAUUUGAUUUUGGCGAUUCGCACGAUUGUAGUUGCACCACUCAUGAGCCUUGCAUAUGGAGGUGGAUAUUUGUAAUCAUGAUUUCAAUUCUUUUUUUGUUUACAAGUAAGUUGCACACGCAGUCAGUCUGAAGAUAGCCCCGACUGUGAUUUACUCACACAACAUACAAUCAAAACGAAACCAGGUGACGGUAAGUGCUCCGACAACAACCGUAAUCCCGAUAAGGGUAGCUAUCCGUUCACCUAUCUACAAGUGCAGGCGCCAGAAGCGGCUACGAAUGUGGGCAGCAUCACAGACGAGGUGAAUGGAGACUUGAUGACGCAAAUUAGCACGUCCAGCAGCUUCAACUGCGACAACAAGUUCGAUAAUUGUCAGUUAUGGUGGCAAAUGUCUGUGUGGAUUUCAUUCCUUAGCUAGUCAUAGUCAAUAAUGUUUUUGAAUAGAAUAUAGUCUGUUUGAUUCUAGAGAAAAGUUUUUGAAUAGAACCUAUUCGGUUUUCUUCUAGAAGAAGGACCUAAUUUCUGUAGAAAUGGUAUUACGUACUCGUCUUUCAAAUUCCUGGUACUGGUUCAUCCUGGCAAAGUUCUAAUUCUUCGUAACGACAUCCGAAAAGUGGAGGUUAUUUCGCCAACCGAAACGCUCCUGGAGUUUGAGCUUGACCCCCUCUUCGAGCAAGACGGGUCCGAUGUGAUCACUCUUGGUGACAACAUUAUCUGUGAUCCCAACUCCUACCAAUGCACACCAGAAAAACUGAUGGAACUGAAGGGCGUCUUCACCUACGCGGAUAGUGGGGGGAAUGACGUGAGCGCUGCCGAUUCCUACAUGGUGGGCCACAAAAUCAAACCAACCGCGAAUCCUCUGCAAUGGUUGUUGCAAGUGGGGUGGCAACCAGACUGCUAUGGGACAGGGAACCCGCCACCGAAUAACGUCUGCGCAACUGGGGAGAACGGCUAUCCGCUUUUUCAGACCGUCUUUUUGAUUAUGGCAUAUAAGAAAAGUAGAUAGGUGGACACUUGACGAUAGUUACCCUUUUCUCUUUUCUAUCUCCCUCUGGUCUUUCUUUUUUCUAGUUAGGUCGGCUCCGCCACAAUUAUGGCAUAUAAGAAAAGUUAUCAGAAUUUCAGAAGUGGAAGUACAAGUGUGCUAGGUGAGGUUUGUUGGAGGUCAUGAAAAUUUGAAAGAGCAGCGUUUGCUCUCUUAACAUCAAUGUAGCAGACGUUGACUACGCCACUUCAGUAGAGACGACGACAUGCAAGAAUCUUCAAUUGAUGUCUCUCUCUUCUAAUCCGGACCAAAUGCGCGGGCAAUGGGCGCGACGCAACCGAGCUGUGACCAAGUGGGAAAUCAAAGGUGUGCGUGACCGUUCGAAUCUGCGAGUUUGCUACCAUUAUGGUGGUACCAACCCGAACAAUUUCGUGGAGGAAGUUGGCUUUUUGACUUUGAUCGGUGCUAACCCCAUGGAAGAUGUUCGACUCUCCCUGACGACGACGCUGCUAGAUGCGAAGGCACCAGUGGUGAUCUCGUUUAAGUUAUGGCAAGGGCUCUCCUAAGGAGGUACCUCUAUACUGAAUGGCCUCAUAUAUAGACGCGAGGUACCAUGACAGGAAAGGAAUUUUCCUUUGUUCUUGCGUUUUCAUAAUAGAUGCUGAUGCUGUCAUCUGUAGUUCAGUCAGAACUCGCGCUUUUGAUCGAUCUUACAACUUUGCUGUCUCCGAGUGAAUGGUUGAGAAUUUGGUGUAACCAUUACUGAUUCAUACCCUGAAAUGACAGCGAGUUCAAGCUGUGUCGGCCCCCUCUAAGAAACACCGCCUCUGCCACUACCGGAGCGCGAUAUUCGCAGGCCACGGGCGAGACCCAGCUGAAGUUUGUGCUGACUGACACGGCAACGUUUGAGGUUUAUUAUUCGGAUGACAUCGCAAGCAACAUCGAGUCUAACGCGUCUGAGGAUGAAAUCACUGAAGCCCGUCAGUACAUUUGCGGAAGACUGUUUCGAGAGAUGUGGUCAACGGAUAAGGUAUUAUUGUCUAGAUGUUCCUGACCGGUGUGAUUUUGGUUCUCUCUUACUUCCUACUUUUAUCUCGUCUUAGGAACAAAUUUGAUUUCCACAGGACUUCGGUUUCCCCCUACCGAAGGGUUGCUACUACAAGAAGUACGGCUUCACGCGUGAGAUCUUCGUUCUGUUCGAGGCCAAGAACGGCCUAAGGCCUGGCUUUAGCUAUCAACUUGUGAUGCACGGUUCAGUCCAUGGUGCAGCGACCGCUGGAGGAAAGUAUCUAGAAGUGUUCACUAUGGAUGAUGUCAGCGUGAACCCGUACUUGGCCAUUGAACGAGGUGAGGCAAGCUUGAGCAAGAGUCCGGAGAGGACAGCGACUUCGUCCACCUCACCGAGAUGGCUGAACCCAGGAGGUGUGCGCAUCUUGAACGGUGUGGAUAACGUGGUUACGCUGAACAAGGGAGACACCAUUCACAUGGAAUUGGCGGGAGAUCCGGAGUACCAGAUCAAGGCAGCUGCAGUAAUUCGAUUUUACCUCUUCCCGCUUACUACGUGGAACGUCGCAUCGAGUUGCAACGCUGAGUGCAUCCCCUACGACACGGUGGCCUACAUUAAGGUCAACAUUUAGUGUCCAUCUUUCUCGGCAUCUCGGUACCCUUUUCCCUUGUAUUCUCAUGAAAUACAAGGUAAAAGGGGCCAAGAUGAGGGGGCCGAGAUGCAAUCUAGCACACGCUAACUACCCCUGCGGUGCCGUCCAAAACUGCCAAGGUGUCCCCACAGUCCUGAACAGCAACAACAACGUCGUGAAAGUGACCAUGCCUCUGGAGAUGACGAACAUUCAGGGCUCAAUCAAAAUGCAACUGCGCUUGCAUCAACUGCAGCUACCGGAUGAGGGUUGGUUCAGUUCCAGAAUAGGGGCUCAAGUCACGGAUAGCACGGAUUCUAGGCCGUCGUAUAUUCUGUCUGCUGGUGACUAUUUGUGGAAGGAGCCUGAUGCAGGAACGACGAUCGCUAAGAUCGUCACCAGCUUGGGAGAUGGUACUUUUUUUUUGAACUGCAACUGAGUUGAUGUUUAUAGAGUUCAGUUGAUCUUGAUUCCUUUUCUCGUAAUGUGUCCUGGCUUGAUUACAAAAAAUCACUCAACAUCAACAACCUACCUUUCCCACGACAGGCAACCAAAAGCCCUUCAAGGGCCAAACUGGGAAUAUUCUGUACGUGAAGAUUCAAUUUGCGGCUAGUCUAUUUGCUGUGAACUUGGAUGGCGACGCCGGUUUCUCAGUGAAUUUGCCUCCGGGGUAUGCAUGUACUAUCCCAGACCAACUAGGCAAAUUGGCCACCGAAUAUAACCCUUGGGCUGCGCCUAUGGAUCUAAACCUCUACGACCAUCUGAUUCCACAAGGUCGUGGAGCGCCGACAACAGGGGAAUAUGUGGCAGGUAUAAAUAUUACUAGCGGUGUAAAUAUUACUAGUAUUGCGAUUAUAUACUAAAUGAUCUUCUUCUUGACGAAGAGGAGAGACUAUCUGCAGCCAAUGAAUUUGUUGUAGAAAUAGACAUAGAAGUAGAGAUAGUGACUUGUUCACACAUGAAGAUGAAGACCCUUCCGCACACCAUCUUCUCAACAUCCUUCACACCAUCGCUACCAUCGUCCACAACAUCUCUCCAUCAUCUGCCACAGGCACUACCUCACAUGGUUGGUCUGUGAGUUCUAGCAAUACGCGGUUGUGCAAUUUCGCUCUAAAGCAGUUUGGCUUCAUCCCUGCUGGCAGUUCGAUCAUCGUCAAAUUUACAGUGGUAAAUCCUACGACGGCACUCACGCAACGGGAAAAUACCAACGCGUGGACGGUCAGUCAAACGUCGAAAGGUAUUUCGUUUCGACGUAUUUUAGUUAGACGACGAAGGUUAUGCAUCUAUUGUGAAGGUAAAUGUUUCAUGUUAGUUCGGGAGUUUGUUAUGUGGUUUGGCACACAUAUGUGUAUGCAAGUUGUUCCGUUUCAGUUUACGUGUCCACCUCUGACUUCCCACUUUUCUUCUCCUGCACUCAAAUUUUCUACCAGGUUACUACACCCUACCGAAGACGACAACGCCGGUCAUUUUCAAGGCCACAAUUGAGGCGAAUUACAGUAGCAACGUCGCCGUUCUAGGGUAUUUGCGGGACACCAUUCUGCAUCCUUCCGAUAUGAUGGGUGCCAUGAUGAGCAACCGUGUCGUGCGUCCAGUUAAGGGUUUCCAAAUUGCAUUCCUCAAUUAUACCAUCCCGCCUAGCUCUUUUCCUAGUAGAAGAGGAGCCAGGGACGUUCUGAGGAAUGUAAUUCCGUAACCUCUAAUCCAGUGCUCUACAUCUUCUUCAAGACGGAACAAACUCCUGGCAUUUUAGGCUAUGUUUUAGUCGAUGCCCCAACGAAUCCAGUCGGCUCUGGUACGGUCGCUGCGCAGAACUCCAUCGCUUUCGCCUACGACUAUCCGAACUGCGACGCUUCGGAUUUGCCGCAUGAGUACUACGCGUUUCGGCCAGGCGAAAUGACUCACAGGCUUCCAGGAGGCAUCAAGUCCUGUGUGUACGAACGUGGUGCGCAAAACCGCGCUAGAGUGCAAGUUCACGGCAUUGUGCAAUCGAACGCGAAAUACGGCUUCACUCUAAGGAUUGAGAACCCCUACAAGUUCGACAUGUCACAACUGACAAAUUGGAAGAUGUUCACGCAAGACUCACAGGCGCGUUUCGUCGAUGGCAGUUUUGACGGGGUCUUUGAUUCUGGACAGGGAACGAUUCCGCUCACAGAGGGCAUUGGAACGGCAAAUAUUUCGGAUUUGAGUGGGUUAUCGUUUGGUCUCUACCAGAACGAUUUGAAUACGCCACAAGAGAUCCGAUGUGCGAUUUCGAUCCCUCAGAGCGAUUUGAAGCCGUUCAGUGCUAGUUCUACGGUGUCGGAAUUGACGUUUUUCGUCCGAAACUUGCCGACGACAUUGUCGAACGUGAAGCUGAGGUAUUAAACUCACUCCGAAACUGUGUAUACUAGGAGUAGUAGUUGUGCAAGCAUGCAUGAACUUGAACUUAGAAAGCUUGUCGAAUGUGAAGCUGAGGCAUUAAACUCACUCCGAAACAGUGUAUACUAUGUAUGAACUUAAUCUUAGAAAGCUUUAUCUUGUAAUCAUGAAUCUUCCUUAGCGUCUCUACUUCACCACGUACUUUGGACAUCAACUUCAAUUCUUACCUACUGAAUCCCUCUAAUCAAUCACAGGGUGAUCGCUCCGUUCGGUUACAAAUGGCGACCGUCUACGAAGUGGUCGUACCGGAAUAGCGGUCCGUCCGCUACCCUCUAUUCCACUUCCGCGUCCUCAGACUUCCCGCAAGCGACGGCGCCAGUGGCCAACCCGGAUCAUGUUCUCGCGUUUCAGUCAGCGACGUACGACUUCAGUGUGGCGAACAAGCACUACGGUUUCAUCGUGGCCGUUGAGGUGCCCAAUUACAUGCCCCAUGGCAGUUUCGGCAAUUUCACAGCCGAAUUCGGGUAUGAUGGUACCACUUUGGCACAUCGGCCUUACGCUGGAGUGAUCGAGGCACCGAAGAUCCGUGCUCUGACUGGAGCUACGAUCGACUAUUCGAACAAUGUGAGGAGCAAGGAAACUCGAUUAGAACUGACGAUCGAGACGGUCACGGAGCUACCUCAAGGUGGGGGCUUGGUCAUUAUCGCGCCAGACAAAUUUACGUUUCCGAAACCAAAUUGCGGAUUAGAGCCAAUGGUGCCAUUGCCAGAAGGCUUUUCUGACUUGCCUAGUGGCACGACUUGCGGUGUCUGGAGUGCGACGUCAAGAAGACUAGAGCACGACGGUCAAAAAGUAGACGAAGUCGUGGAUGAAAGUAGUGGAGGGGAACAAGUGGGCAGUGGUUUUAUGGGAAUUGGAUCAUCAUCAUCAUCUGGUUCUCUAUCUGUGUCGUCCUCUGGAUCAUCAAAACGGCAAUUGACUGCCACCACUACACGUGCUGAGUUGCGGCUCACUUCAGUGAGCGGAUUGAUGCCUGCCAAGCGGUACGCCUUUGUGCUUUCCACGAAGAACCCGUCUGACGCGGUUACCCAAGCUUCGUCGUUCACCAGUUCGUGUGGAAGCACUUUGUGUUGGGAUUUUUCCUCUGCCCAGGACACGGGUGUGGCGACGUCUUUGGCUAGUGCGGCGAACUCGCAGGACAUGCCGAUUGCAGUUACGAGCUUCCCAGUGAAUUUGCGCAUGAUGGAAUCCCGCUUAUUGCUCUUCGAUCAGCCGAACCACGUGGCCACGCGCCUAGCCACUGGUCGCGACGAUCGGCCCUUGCGUCCCAACUCUUUAGUCUUCAGUUUCAAGCUGAACAACGACGCGAAGACGACGCAGGACAUGCUGGUACGCGCGCCGGACGGGUUCGUGUUCUACGACGACUGCUUGGCUGUUCUGGAGGUCCGCAGUACCACGGUUUUCGGCGGACAGCCGUUUACUAGUGAGUACAAGGAAUGGAGCACGGAGAUCGGAAUUACUAGAUGUCGUGGCUACGGACGGGAGGCGCAUUUUACGAUUGUGCCGAAAGAUAAAGUUUUCCUCACUGCUGGCAUGCUCUACGUCUUCCGCAUCGGCAUCAAGAGCAACCCAAGGUACACGCCGACGCGCAACUUUUUCGCUUUGGAGUUUAACGGAGAGUCUGCGAACACAGAUCUGAUGCCAGGUUUCACGCUGUGGACAUUUACACACACGCAGGUGACGCCACGGUACUAUUUUUGGUCAGAUUUUUUUAUUCAGCAAGCGAAGCUAUGUACUUGCACGUAGUUCAAGUACAGAGGUAAAUAAUCAGUUGUAUCGGGGUUAAGACCUUUCAUAAGACGUCUUUGUGAAGAAAGACCAAUAGACGGCCCACCUCCACCUUUUCCUCACCAGGUCGAUCGCCCGUAGUCCCGGCAACAAUGAGAUUCGGCAUGUCCCCGUACGAUUUAAGCUGCGCAUGUGGAACGACAUCAGUCCCGAUUUGCCCGUUGCCAAUUCUGGAGGUGUACUGAAAAUCGUGGCGCCUCAAGACUUCCAGUUUUCACAAACGAAUGGCGUCUGCAAUAGAAUCAUGAUUCAAGGCGACGAAUUCACAGUCACAGUGGACAAAGAGGACGUCACUUACCCUGCUGAGAUCUGGAGCAUGAACGAGAUCCGCUGCGUUGUCGAAGCAGGUGAUGCCACUAGAGACGGCGUUUCUGGCUCUGACCGCGUCACCCUUCUCUACCUCAACAGUGACAAAUCCUUCAUGGCGCAUCGUGACUACACCAUACAACUGGACGUCCAGAACCCACUAUUGCAUGUAGAGAACCUGGUGUACGAGUUCUUCUUCGUUUCCUACGGCUACGAAGACAUGCGAACGGGCAGUGAAUUGGAUGAAGGCAGUAUCCCUGGAUACGAGGUCAUCCACGUGAUGGAGCGGUACUUCUUGCGAAAUGAGAACGAAUUCCAAGAGCCGAUAAGGAACGGUUUGACGGCGAUUCCAGGACUCUUUGUGCAUUUCGAGUCACCGGUGAGAAUGGACUCAGGCCAUCAGAUCGUGUACAUCGCGCCACGAACGUUCAAAUUGGUGGAACCACUGCCGGAGUUUGAUGUCAAUGUUACGGAGAUGUGCGAACUAGUUUCGACUAUAAAUAUCAUGACGUAUCAACGUGGUUUUUGUUCUCGAAUACUGAACCCUAAAAAGUGACUUUUUGGUGCUUCCCUAAUGGAUUCCCAAACAUUCAAGUCUACUAGUUCUAACCCUCGCCGCCGUCCUUACGAUGCCUCCAAGCCUACGCAAGCAUUGACGAAUACGAAGUGCAACAACUUCCGGUUCGAUCCAGUGGACCAAUUUUACCUGGGUCCGAGAAGCACUGUCUUCUGUUUUGAGAACAUGAUCAUCAUGAACGUGAUUGAUUUCACAGUUCCAAAGGACACCGCCGUGAAGUUCCGCAUUGAUACUGUGAAUCCGCCAGCCACACCAGAAGAAUUCGACAACUUUUGGAGGAUCUAUCAUUUCAACCACAAUGUCUUCGGGAACGAGACGAGAUACAGCAGCGGCAGUGUAGAUACACGGAUACCAGCGACUCUGGCAACCCUGGACCCCUUGUCGUACUUGAGGAACGCACAGGGGAAACAGCAGCUUGUGGUAGAACUUCACUAGCAUACUUGUUGUUUAAUAUUUGUGUAUUUUUAUUGGUAUUCGUUAUCGUUUGUCAUUCAGCACAAUGAGUUUUCGCUUGAUGUUAUCCCACAUUUCUUCCGCUCCACUACGCACAACAACUUCACCUCCACCUACUUAGAAGAAACAGAUGUUUUCAAAAGAAAAGGAAAUUCCAUGCAUCAAACAACGAUAACUCCACCAGGUCUCCGACGUCUACGAGUCGUGGCAGAUUUUGCCACAGCUAAUGGGCGUACAGGUGAAAUUGGGUUUGCUCCCCAACGCCAAUCGUGCUGCAGGCUCACGCUCCGACCUCGAAUUCCGCUUUAUUGCUGUUUCGGUCGCUAACGAGGCACGUUUUACCGCAGACUCACCAGCCGGAUUCGAUUUCACCUUGGCACAGUUAGUAACAGGGCAAGAGAUCAAGAGCGUGGAUGGUCCAACGAUCUCGAUUCGGGUAAACAUCGAUCCUGCAGUCCAGUCGGAAACGAUUAUCCACUUGCAAGAAGUGAAACUAGGAGCGGUGGGAGCGCCAACAGUUUUCUCGAUCACGACGUACUCUUUCCAUUGCUUUUCACCUGAUAUCUUAGUUACCUUGAGAUUAUUUAUUAUUCUUGAUGAUAGCUACAUCAUAGCUGCAGGGCAGAGGCAGUGCGACGAUGGAACAAGAUGAACAUCAACAUAAGCCUUCUUUGUAUACUUGAACUUGUUCCUCCUCCCCAAGCCCAAGAGCCCAAGAACAUGGAAUUAAUGCCAAGUCCCACGACCACCCGAAUACCCUCACAGGUUAAUGAAUUCCGUGACGAAAGACGAAAAACUGAGUUUCGUCCACGGGUUCCACUUGCCUGGUGGCAUCACCGCUUUUGCUGACCCAGCAGGCAUGGAACAGAGACUCUAUAGUGAGUUCUCCAUGCAUCCUAAGGUCUAUCCAGUAAAGGAACAGCUUCCAAUGCGCAUGGCUAGUCCCGCAUUCGCCGACUUCUACAUUCAGCUUACAACUUAUGAGGAUGUUCUUGAUCGACAUAGUUUCUUCAUUCUUAAAGCUUAACUAGAUCUGCGUGUAUCUAUUGUACUGAAAAUGUUGACUCAACAUCUUUCAACAUUUCAACAAGUAGAUGAUUCCGAUGAAUGUUCUUCUUCGUUUCCUCCUUCUUCUAAUCCGCCACUGCCGAAGCCGGGAGCUACUUGCGUGUCACCGGACCGCCCUACGACAUUUCCAGCCAGCAUUUCGCUAUUCACGAGUACGACGAAGACAAUCUGGCAGUGGAUACCAAGCACAAAAAAGCGGGAACAGCAAAGUCAUUCGCAGUCAAUUUUGCGAACAAUGGCAUGAUCGACGUGUUGCUGCAAGAACCAUUGUUGAAGGAAGUGAAGUACGUGGUAACGAUCUUUGCAACAACACCAGUCGUGCCAGGUGAAAGCUGGAGAAUCGAAACCAGAACAUGGAAAGACUUGCAGGUAGAAUUUAAAGCAGCGAGCUCUCCAUUUACUUUUAUCAUUUUGUUCCUCUAUUUGGCUCCACCACCUCUGGUAGGCGGAAAGACUUGCAGUGAUCAUUUCCUAGCUCCAUUGUUACCACGGAUUCUAGAGUUGCUCUUCUUGCCACUCUUAGCUCCAUUAUUACCACUGAUUCUAGAGUUGCUCUUCUUGCCACGUUGUUAGCACUAUUACAUCCCAACAUAGGAAAAAAUACCAUAUAUCACAGGUUCCAGAGUGUCAGCCCAAGAUGCUGGAUCCUAGUGUGGGGAUUCCGACUGACGUGCAGUGUCUGCCCUCCAACACGAACGAUGGUGCACAAGGCGGCUUCCAUCUAGUCGGUAGGAUCUCUGUCACCGCCUCUGCGCCAGCCGGUUCUCCGCCACUUGCCAAAUUAGUGACCAGAAUCCGCAUAGACCCAGGAGCGUCGACGCCGAAUAGGCUAAAGAUCGUUGCGCCACCAAGGUUCAACUUCACUGCGGGUAACAGUCUCUUGACAUCAUCGUUGGACGUGUUGGAUUGUCGUAGAUUCUCACCAGCAAUGGCAGGAAGAAAUGUGGCGCUGUGUACCUGUCGGCAAGACGGUUUGCAGUCCGAAGUGUCCAUUGACUUGCUCAUGGUCCCGCCUAGGGUACUUUUCCUCUGUGAUUUGUUCAUCAUAGACAACGAGGUGGUUUUGAAACAAACGACAUUGAGGAAAUUCUGAAAAGUCUACGUAGACAGAAAAACGCAUCAGUACCACUGUUACUACUCAUCAUGAUCAUUCAUUGUCGCUGCUACUAAGAAACUGUGACUUUAUCUUUUUCGAAAUCAAAACUGCCUACAAAAACCAGAAAACGCCCGAUCCAACUGCGUGGUUCGUCAUUGGGGAAGAUUUUCAAACCGGUGCUAUCCAGAGUUGGGGUGAAGAUUCCGUGGGUUAUCCUAUCCAACAAAUGGCUGAAGCGACAGUCCUGUAUGCAGCAGUGCCAGGUGUAGAGUCUGAAAUCACUUUCGGCUUCUUCUCUAGUGUCACGCUGGAAGGAGGAGGCGAGAUUCUGGUAUUUUUCUACUAACAAACUUGCUUUUUAAUUUACUUAAAUACUUAUCAGGUUCACUCAUAUAUCUGAAAUAAUAAUAAACAAAGCACUAGUGCUUGUUCCUUAUGCUUAUCAGGAUGAGGAGGUGGUUUUUUUUGUCUUACAUCAAUAAUGCAUGGUGGAUUUAUUUCUCCUAUAAGUCAGUUUUGAGUGUAAAAACUUUUGCGUGGACAAAAGAUUUUGACCUUCCACUACAACAUCAGAUUCUAGUGCCGCAAGCGUUCGAGGUGGAGUGUGACGAAGGAAAGUUGAAGCCCAUUUCUCUCUUGGUAGAUCCAAGGAAUCCACCUGUUUGCGAUACUUCAGGGAACAGCCAAGUGCGGUUGAAAUUGUCAGCGACACUUCCGGCAGCGAGAUAUGCCUUUAGUAUGCGAACGAUGGUUCCACCGACGACGCCUAUAGAAAACGUCUUUUCCUUGCUCCUCUACGACCUCGAGAAAGAGGUGAAGGAUGCAGCGAUGGACAUGCCGGGAAUUCAGAUAUUGUCGGGAAUCGAUAUACGAUGUACUGAGAUUUUUGCCUAUUCUUGCAACUACUACCGGUUAGUUUUCACCUCGACAAUAUUAGGCUUAUCCCGUGCAACAAACUAUCUCCUUCAUUUUUUACUAAUUUUGAUUACUGGACUACGUACAGCUACAGACUCCACUGCAAUCAACCACAAGUUAUGACUACCAUCAAAGCUCGUCCUAGCACGACCAUAAUUUGAAAUCAAGAUCAAGCACAUCAAGUACCACGAACAACACUCCUCGUAACUGUAGACUUCAAAUAAAAAUCUUCAGUCGACGCUCUCACCUGGAACCGUGCUGACGCAAACAAGAAGAGUCAGAUAAUGGUCUCCUUUACUGUCUUCGAGAGUACCACUUCUUUCGGUGCCCGCUCACUGCGUGACCUUGGUGAGGUGCUGAUCAACUUCCCGGAAGGCUUUUUCCACACGAUCGUGAGUUUUUCGGAAGUCAAAGUUUUCCGCAACGGAGAUGCUGGUGGCAUGCCACUAGUGAUGGACGAGGAAGAUGUGCCUAGGUGGCUCGAUUACACUCAGCCAGACCGCUUGCGGAUUAAUCUGAUGACAGGCAAAGACGUUUCGCCGUCUGGGCUGGAAGGACAGGGAUCCUACGCAUUCACCUUCUCAGUGGCCGUGCCAGCACAAAUACCACCAUAUAACGUACUGUUUAUCUUCAUCUUUCAUGAUGGGCAGAUAGUGGCUUGAAAUUGAAUAGUCAAAAGUAGUCAACACUCGUACGUCAAGGGGAACAGCUUAUAACUAUUCUUUCAUGAUCGGCACACAAAAGUCAUCAUUUCCUUUUUUAUCAAGUAGCAAGCUUACUUCAUUGUCGAAACCAAGUCCAAUCUUCUUAAUCCAAACCAAAUCCAACAACGGGAACGUUUGACUUGAAUCAAUCAGUUACCAAACGUGAAACCUCAUCCACAGGUGUGGCGCGUUUCCUUGUGUGAGGGUAGUGGUGGCUGCAUUUCCGCCUUCGACUCCAGUGUCAAGCUGAGUUUCCCAGUACCUGGGUUCGUGCAUGGGCAGAUGUCACCCGGAAAUGGGGAGGCUCCGCUGCUGGCCUCAUUAUCCAGCGAGGAAGAAGCUACCGGUGCUGCGUUUAAGCCUGCGGCAUUGCCGGUCAUGCUGCUCAGCUUCUCGCUGUUCACCAGCUUUUGGCUGUUCUUCUGA